AUGCGGAAGAGGCACUCGAUCGCGCGGACUGGAGGUUCCUCCGCAAGACUCUUCUCCACAUUGGAGGAAAGCAAAUUUCUUACACACCAGAGGACUCACACGGGUGAGCGUCCUUAUUCAUGUUCAGAGUGCGGAAAAAGUUUCACUGUUAAAAGUACACUUCUAACACACCAGAAGAUUCAUACAGGUGAGCGUCCUUAUUCAUGUUCAGAGUGCGGGAAAUUGUUUAUUCAGAAAGGAGCUCUUAAUAGACACCAGAGAAUUCACACAGGUGAACGUCCUUAUAUAUGUUCAGAAUGCGGCAAAUCGUUCACUGAAAAAGCACAGCUUGUUAGUCACCAGAGAAGUCACACGGGUGAUCGUCCUUAUUCAUGUUCAGAGUGUGGAAAAUGUUUCACUUACAAACAAAAACUUUUAUUACACCGGAUAAUUCACACGGGUGAGCGUUCUUUUCCUUGUUCAGAGUGCGGGAAAUCUUUCACUCAGAAAGCAGUACUUGUUCAACAUCAGAGAAUCCACACGGGUGAUCGUCCUUAUUCAUGUUCAGAGUGCGGCAAAUAUUUUGCUUGGAAAGGAAGCUUUGCUUCACAUCUGAAAAUUCACACUGGCAAGCGUCCUUUCUCAUGUUCAGAAUGCGGGAAAUGUUUUGCAAAGAAAUCAACUCUUCUUCUACAUCAGAGUAUUCACACAGGUGAAAAAUCUUAUUCAUGUUCAGAGUGUGGGAAAUGUUUCUCUCGGAAAGAAAUAUUUCUUAAACACCAGAGGAAUCACACGGGUGAGCGUCCAUAUUUAUGUUCAGAGUGCGGGAAAACUUUCACUGAGAAAUAUUUUCUUGUUCAGCACCAGUUGAUUCACACUGAUGAGUGUCCUUAUUUCUGUUCAGAGUGCGGGAAAACUUUCACUAAGAAAUAUUUUUUUGUUAAACACCAGGAGAUGCACACAGGUGUGCUUCCUUAUUCAUGUGCAGAGUGCGAGAGAUCUUUCACUUCAAAUGCAGACCUUCGUAAUCACACAAGAAUUCACACGGGUGAGCGUCCUUAUUCAUGUUCAGAGUGCGGGAAACGUUUUACUAGAAAAGCAAGCCUCGCUGCACAUCUGAGAAUUCACACGGGUGAGCGUCCUUAUGCGUGUUCGGCCUGCGGGAAAUCUUUCAAUAAGAAAGGAAACCUUGAUGAGCACCAGAGGAUUCACACGGGUGAGCGUCCUUAUUCAUGUUCGGCCUGCGGGAAAUCUUUCGCUCAGAAACAGGGCUUCGUUAGACAUCGGAGAAUUCACAAUGGAUUAUCCCGUCACCGGUUGAAAACAAAUGGAAAGAUUGAUGACGGAUUAUCCCGUCACCGGUUGAUCACAAAUGGAAAGAUUGAUGACGGAUUAUCCCGUCACCGGUUGAUCACAAAUGGAAAGAUUGAUGACGGAUUAUCCCGUCACCGGUUGAUAACAAAUUGA